AGAAUCGAAAACAGCAUUGUUCCUUUCCUUCGUUCGCAAAAAGGCCGAACAGAAUCCCAAAUUUCCUUGCUCUACUACAGGCAGGUCAAAUAAUAGUGUCUCGCUCUAGAGGUGCCAAGUAGACCAUACGUGGCCGUUUUCUCACUUCUCAAGCAAACCGUCUCUCUCUCUCACUGUUACACGCGAACACAAAUACUCAGAAUACUGUUGUUGUUUGUAUGUGAAAUCAAAUCAACCAGAUAGAGAGAGAGAGAGAGAGAGAGAGAGUUCUCAAUUCAAAAUUCUCGUUUCGCUUGCGCAUUACUACAAACACCUGCGUUGCAAACUCGCUCUCGUAUGGGUUCGUCAACUCUGCCCCAAUCUUCUUUCAGCUAAUAUCUUCCGGUAGCCAAUGAGGAAUGUCUUUACUAUUGCCAGUCUCAACCGUCACCGCAAUCUCGCAGUGCUCUCCAGAACUUCACGCCAUGAUAGUUUUGUUGUGGCUAUCUUGCGGAAAUGCAUGUCAUUGGGAUGUCAAACAGAAAUUGAAGUUGUUAGAAGACAAGAUAAUUGGAUUCCAUCACAGCUGUUGCUCCGAAAUUCAUUUUCAACAGGUUUCUCCAGUGUGCAUGGUGGAAGCCCAUCGGCAGCGUAUGCAAAGCUGAGGAAGGAAUUGCUAGAAAGCGAAUUUGGGCAUACUCUUGGAACUUAUGGAAAAAGUGUUUCCGUUGUUCCUCGUUUUGGUCCAUUUUUGGCUUUGUAUAGAGCAGCAAUUGUUUCAUUUCAUGUGUUGAAGCUAAGCUUUUCGCAAUUCUUUGUGCGAGACAUAACAAAACGUGCCAUCAAGUUCCGUGAAACUUUGAUCAGCUUGGGCCCAUUCUACAUCAAGCUUGGGCAAGCUUUGAGCACAAGGCCAGAUAUAUUGCCAACUGUAUAUUGUCAAGAGCUUGCUAAGUUACAGGAUCAAAUACCUCCAUUUCCAACUCAUAUUGCAAUUAAAUCUAUUGAAACCCAGUUGGGUGCUCCUCUUUCACAAAUUUUUGCUGACAUCAGUCCACAGCCUAUUGCAGCAGCAUCCUUAGGGCAGGUUUAUAAAGCUCACCUGCAUUCUGGAGAGUUGGUAGCUGUCAAGGUACAGAGACCGGGUAUGUCACUUUCAUUGACCCUUGAUGCAUUACUAUUCCAGAUGAUUGGGGGUCAAUUGAAGCGAUUCGCUAAUGCCCGCAAAGACCUCUUAGUAGCUGUGAAUGAAGUGGUCAGGCACAUGUUUGAUGAGAUUGAUUAUGUCCAAGAGGGGAAAAAUGCUGAUCGUUUUGCUUCUCUCUAUGGUUGCUACCCAUGUGAUAAUCAAAAUAGCCACCAAAAAACUACAGCUGGGAAAACUGUGCAAUAUGAACGAGCUAACGGUGUUAAAGUUCCAAAAAUAUAUUGGGAAUUCUCGCGGACUGCUGUGCUUACUAUGGAGUGGAUUGACGGGAUAAAGCUUACAGAUGAAAUUGGCCUGAGAAAGGCCUGUCUAAACAGACAGAAGCUGAUUGAUCAGGGCUUAUACUGCUCUUUGAGGCAAUUGCUUGAGGUUGGAUUUUUCCAUGCCGACCCACAUCCGGGAAACCUUGUUGCUACGGACAGUGGAACUCUUGCAUAUUUUGAUUUUGGAAUGACAGGGGAUAUUCCUCGCCACUACCAAGUAGGACUUAUUCAAAUGCUUGUGCACUAUGUUAAUCGUGACUCUCUGGGUUUGGCAAAUGACUUUCUUUCUUUGGGAUUUAUUACUGAAGGGGAUGAUAUAAAGUCUGUUGCAGAUGCAAUGCAAGCAGCCUUUGCUGAUGGAACUAGACAAUCUCAAGACUUCCAGGGAGUAAUGAAUCAGCUAUAUGAUGUAAUGUAUGAAUUUAACUUCUCUCUACCCCCGGACUAUGCCCUGGUGAUAAGAGCUUUGGGAUCGCUAGAAGGCACAGCAAAGGUUCUGGAUCCUGAUUUCAAAGUUAUUGAGAGUGCAUAUCCUUUUGUCAUUGGGAGACUUCUGGAAGAUCCAAAUCCUGAUAUGAGAAAAAUUUUGAGAGAAUUACUCAUUCGUAAUAAUGGAUCCAUAAGAUGGAAUCGGCUAGAGCGGCUGAUAGCAGCAAUAUCAGAAUCCAAGUCGACUGAGGAACUCCCUAAUUCUGAGGAAAGUUCUUCAAGUCCUCUGGGCUGGAAAUCAUUUGACAUGCGUGCUGUAGUCUCUGCCACUGAAGAUCUUCUACAGUUCAUUUUAUCUGAAAAGGGUGUUAGGGUUCGUGUUUUCCUUCUUCGGGAUAUAAUUGGAGCAGCUGAUGUUUUGCUGCAGGAUGAAGUCAUUGGUUACAUUCCAAGCGAGAAGCUUGAAGCAAUAGAGAUGACUAAAUUCGAGGAGCAUUAUUCUAUGCUCUUAAGGAUUUUUAAAGGUUUUCAAUAUCUCCGUGAAGCAAUAAAGUUGGCCCCAGAGGUCUGGACAGCAAUGCUUGUACGGAUGGCUGUGAAGCCAGAGGUCCAUAAAUUUACUUUUGACAUUGUUUCAGCUUUAGCCAUGCAUUUUAGCCAUAAACUCCCAGAAAAUUCAUGGGUUUGUAUUUCUAUAUUUCUUCACAAGUUGGUGAAAAACUGCAGCUCUGAUUAAUUAAGGCAUUAGUAAUCAUUUAAAAAAAAAAAAAUUUCAUUGUGACCCAUUUUAUUUCUUUACAUAAAAUGUUAAUAUCUAUGCUGCUGCUGGAAUUGUAUAUAUGAGAAGCAGAAAAGUUGUUGCAGUUCUAGAUUGAAAUGAAGAGAAAGCUCAGAGCAUUGGCUUUGGUACAGAAUGAAAAGAUUUAUAUGUGAGACACAGGAAUAGGGGAUAAAAAAUGAUUUGGAAUUUUGGAUGAUUUCUAGCCUGCAAAGGAAAGCACAAGCUUUCUACUCGUCGUGUGAGGAAACUAAGGAAAUUGCAGGAAAGGACGCCAUGCAUAUCUUUAUUUCAGCAUUUUAUUCAGAUGAUGCAGGAAAAAUCUAUGUGAUGAGGUAACUUGAUUGUUACAGCAUCUGGUUAUUAAUAUGUGUAGUUAUGAUUGCACGGAGGGUAGGAGCUAACAUGCAUAAUGAUUAAGAAUACCAGCGCUCCUCAUAAUCAGGGGAGAUGUUAGACAUUUUGUUUUCUUGUUUUCUAUUUUUCACAAUGACUUGUAUCACUGUUGCUGUUUUCUUAUAUCUAAGAUUUCAUUGUCUGUUUUCCUUCU